AUGAGAUACGUCGCGGCACUCGAUGUUGGUACCACUACAAUACAGUUUCACAUCCUGAAUGAAAAAGCAAUCACAGUAGCUUCUUCAACAGAAAAGGUAAAUUUAAUAUAUCCAAAGCCUGGCUAUGUGGAGAUAGAUCCUGAUGAACUAUGGCAAAGUAUAGUAAAAGUAAUGAAGGAUACGUUGGAUCGUAGCGGAAUCGACCCGAAAAAUAUUACUUGCAUUGGAAUUUCAUCGCAACGCGCAAGUUUUGUUACUUGGAAUUUAAAAACUGGGAAAUACUAUCACAGGUUUAUAACAUGGAAGGAUCAACGAGCGGCUACUUUAGUCAAGGAAUGGAAUCAAUCAAUAACGAUGAAAUGUUUAAGAAUAGGCUCGAAGAUAUUGUAUAUAUUCACAAGAAGAAAAAGAUUUUUAGCUGGCAGCGUGCUAAAAUUUAUGAAUCAACAGGUGACUUUAAGGUUAGUAUGGGUUCUCCAGAAUAUACCAAGUCUCCGAGAAGCUGUGGCUAAUGAAGAGGUGGCGUUUGGAGGUGUGGAUUGUUGGCUCUUAUAUAAAUUAACAGGAAAACAUAUAAUGGAUGUUUCAAGUGCUUCAGCUACUGGUAUGUAUGAUCCGUUUGCAAUGGAAUGGGCUAAAUGGCUCUUCAGUAUUUUUAAAUUGCCACAAAACAUUUUUCCAAAAGUAGUUGAUACAGCAGGUUAUUUUGGAGUUACUCCCAAAGACAUAUUCGGAGUUGAAAUUCCAAUUUGUUGUUCAAUGGCCGAUCAAGCAGCAUCUUUAUUUGGUUCAGGAUGUUUUAAUCCCGGCGAUUUCAAAAUUACUAUGGGGACAGGCACUUUCGUGAACGUUAAUACAGGACAAUCACCACACGCAUCCAUUGCUGGACUUUAUCCAGUUGUCGGAUGGCGAAUUGGAAAAGAAUUAGUAUACACUGUAGAAGGAUCUUCAAGUGACACCGGUAUAUUAAUUGAAUGGGCUAAAUCAAUAGGAAUUGUAGAUAAUGUUUCGGAAACAUCAGAUGCUGCAAACUCGGUUAAUGACACCGAUGGAGUAUAUUUUGUCCCCGCAUUCAGCGGACUGCAAGCGCCUAUAAAUAAUUAUGCAGCUGCAACUGGUUUUUUAGGUUUGAAGCCCACCACAAAAAAAGAGCACAUUAUUCGAUCUCUAUUGGAGAGUCUUGUUUUCAGGAUACAGCUACUUUAUGAAUGUUUAUGGAAGGAAACUUCUUUCACGUUUCAUCAAAGAAUAAAAGUUAACGGUGGAGUUACUAAGAAUGAUUUUGUUAUGCAAUCGUUAGCUGACUCGACAGGAUUGGAAGUGGAGCGUCCGAUAUCUGUCGAAAUAUCCAUUUUAGGAGUAGCUUUUCUGGCUGGUUUACAAUGUGGAGUUUGGAAGGACAGAGAAGAACUAUUAGAACUCAAUCAAGCGGACAAAAUAUUCAAACCAAACAAAGAAUCGCGAUUAUAUUAUAAAUAUGCACUGCGUCAAUGGAAACGUGCAGUGGAGCGAUUUAAAAAUUGGUACUGAUAAUAAAUACUAAAUAAAAAUAAUUUUUAAUGAUUAUGUUGGGAUAUAUUAGGAAUUUUUUAAUAAUAUGUAAGGGCGUUGACUUGGGGUUUCACUAUGUGUGGAGGUAGAAGUUCACGCGGGUAAACUGACAACUAAAAAAAAAAAUAAAGUCCUCGCAAAAUGUAU